AUGAUCCGGAUCGUCCUUAGGCCCUGCUCACAAAAACAGGCCUUUCUCCGGUCUCUUCGACCACAACUGGUCCGUAGACUCUCGACUUCACAUCCAACUUUCAUUAACAAUAACGGCCAUCCACCACUCCCGCCGCUCGUACCACCUCAUGCUCAUCUGCUCCCACCAGACCCAACUGCGGCAGUUUCUCAAGACCUUUCUCAACAACAUUCAUCUAGUUUGGACAGAGAUCUUUUUCUUAGAGAACAGGAACUUCAUAAACUUCACUCAGAAACUUUACUCCCACCAAUAGCUGAUCCUUUUGAUUUAUCCAUCCAUAACCAACCACAACCAGAUCCCUUUUCUGCUGCAGAAGCAGCCGCAACUGCAGCUGCCAUCUCUUCAUCGCCUAUUCAUCAACCCUUCACGCCAUCGUAUGAACCUGUCGAUCAUAACACUAAGCUCCUCGAUGAUUCCUAUAACUAUGACGCAAUGCCCUUUGAGGAACUGCUUGAGCAGUUUGAACAAGAACCAUCACCAUUCCAAGAAACCCAUUCUUCAUCUUCGCUAGGCCAUACCAUCGUUAUUCAACAGCAGCCCGCACAAGAACAUUCGUCUCCAUGCCUUACCCCGAACCGCCUUUUUAACCAUUCAUGUGGCCUCGAGUUAUCUUAUGCCAUUGGCGGCUACGCCUACCACACAUCCAAAAACCCCUCUCGCAAAACCCUCAUGGAAUCUCUCCCAGAUUACCUACUUUCCCCGCUCACAGGCAAUUACGCUCUCCUCGAUAAUAAAACCCCCAUCUCACUGGGCCGCGGAGAUCACUCAUGUCCAGAGUCUGAACUCCAGCAUCUCGCUUCUAUCAACGAUGUCCCCGUCGAGGCUUACGACAAGGUUGAGGUCGCCGGCGUUACCUCUCUGGGCUGCGGCGAAGACUCUGUAGUUGGUUCCUCUCAGAUCUUGGCCCUCGCUGACGGUGUUUCUGGCUGGAACCUCAAAACCGGAGGCCAUGCUGCCCUUUGGUCCCGCCUGAUUCUUCACAAAACUCUCACCCAUUUUGUCCAGCUAUUCAACUCUACAGCCCCAGAUUUGCUGGCCGAAAAAGGUGCCGCCCCGACCCCGGGCUCUAAGCUUCAGUCCUCUAAUGAGCUCCACGUGUCCAAGGCUCUUAACCAGGCUUUUUACGAAACAAAAGACCUACUGGCUGCUCAGCAAGAGUCCGGAUCUUCUACAAUCAUCCUUGCAGCAAUGGAUACUGUUGACAAGGAACUUCACAUUGUCCAUAUUGGCGACUCGUGUAUUUGGAUCUUUAGAGAUCGCCAGGUCCUCUACACUGUCGACCAUGGCCUCAAAACUGGCUGCCCGAAACAGCUCGGAACAAACUCAAAAGCUCCUCCUUCAGAAAUCGAUGAGCCUACAACCCUCCGUGUUCAACCUGACGACAUCAUCCUAAUGUGCUCAGACGGCCUCUCAGAUAACCUGUUUAUAGGAGAAAUCACAGAAACCCUCUUUAAAGGCUUUGAUCGUGGAGGCCUUCAGGCAGCCGCAGACGACCUUAUUCAUCUCGCCACCGACCGCUCGUUUGACAAUUUUGCUGUUUGUCCCUACCAACUCAAUGCUUCGCCUUUUUCUACAGGCGGUGGCAAAAGUGACGACAUUUCAGUUCUCGUCGCUCAGGUCGUUCCUACAACCGUUUAG